AUGGUGUACAUCGCGCUCGUGGUGCGACAUCUCGUGCGACGGUCGUGCGUCGCCGUCGCGUCGUGGGCGCGGUCGAUCGCGCGUGGCGCGCGCGUGAUGUCCUCGACGUCGCCCGUGGGCGCGUCGCGCGCGGGACCGGGGAGGGAAACGCGGACGCGCGCGGACGCGAAGCCGCGGACGGCGGCGUUCGUCCUCGCGCGGGACGGAAUCGGUGAAGACGCGAGGGCGACGUGCGAGAGAUUGGCCGAGAUCGCGUCGUGGUGCGGUGCGGUUGGAAUCGAGCGCGUGAGCGCGUAUGAGUCGAGUGGACGCGUCGCGGAUGGGCGAGGGAGAGACGCGAUGCGGGACGCGUUGGAGCGGCGAGCGAGGCGAGACGGAUUCGCGUACGUACUUCGAGCGUGCGAUCGCGAGAACGGUGGGAAAAUCGACGUCAUCGCUCGGGGGGGGGGCGAUGGGGGGUCGAGCGCGUGGACGAUCGAGGUGGACGCGUUGCGGGCGGAGGACGCGUGCGCGGCGCUCGUCGCCGCGGCGACGCGCGCGGAUGUAGAAUCGGUCGACGACGAGCGCGAUGAGGAUCACGAAGGGCGCGCGUUCGAAAAUAAACGACAUGUCGGGAAGAUUGAGCGAUGGAUGCGUGAUCGAGGAAAUUUCCUCACGCCCGCGGAUGUCGUCGUCGUCUUCGGCGAAGUGUUCCAUCUCGACGGCUAUCCUCCGUGGCAGUUGUACGCGGCCGAAAUGUUCCACGAGACCUCGCUGGAGGCGUUCACGCGCGAGAAAUUCGCGCGCAUCGUCGAAAAGUAUCGAACCACGGCGCAGAGAUUCGGGAGAUGA